AUGUCCCCAAGAGUUCCGCUCAAAGUCGAGCAGGCGAACAACGCCAGGGACGCGUUGGCGAAGGCGGUCUACAGCCGUCUGUUCGAUCACGUGGUCACCAGGGUCAACCAGUGCUUCCCCUUCGACUCCUCCGCCAACUUCAUCGGCGUCCUGGACAUCGCUGGAUUUGAAUACUUUGAACACAACAGCUUCGAACAGUUCUGCAUCAACUACUGCAACGAGAAACUGCAACAGUUCUUCAACGAACGCAUCCUGAAAGAAGAGCAGGAGCUGUACCAGAGGGAGGGGCUGGGAGUCAACGAGGUGCACUACGUGGACAACCAGGACUGCAUCGACCUGGUGGAGAUGAAGGUGCUGGGCAUCCUGGACAUCCUGGACGAAGAAAACCGACUACCUCAACCCAGCGACCAGCACUUUACCGACACCGUGCACGGAAAACACAAAGACCACUUCCGCCUCACAGUUCCCAGGAAGUCCAAACUGGCCGUCCACCGCAACGUCAGGGACGAUGAAGGCUUCAUCAUCAGACACUUCGCCGGCGCCGUUUGUUACGAGACGACGAAGUUUGUGGAGAAGAACAACGACGCCCUGCACAUGUCUCUGGAGUGUCUGGUCAGCGAGUCCAAAGAUCGCUUCGUCCGCGAACUCUUCGAGAACUCCAACAACAGCAAAGACGUCAAACAGAAGGCGGGAAAACUUAGCUUCAUCAGCGUCGGCAACAAGUUCAAGGUGAGUUCGACAUCUGCGAGUUUAUUGUUGGCCGUUUGGAGGACAGUCUCCUCCGAUGCGUCUCCAUGGAAACCGAUGCCCCUCCCCCUGGUUGAUUGGUUUGUCAUAUGGUGUGAAUCUUCUGCGUCUUUUAAUCCCAUAAUCCUCUGUUUACAUGUUUACAGCACCGUCGGAGCCACGAAACUGAAGAGUUUGACCAUGGAGGAAAUGGCGAAGGAAAUGACUGAACUUCUGGCUCGAGGUCCUCAGGUCCAGGCGUCCAAAGCCGCCGCCGGAGCCAAGAAAUACGAGCUGAGCAAGUGGAAGUACGCCGAGCUGCGGGACGCCAUCAACACGUCCUGCGACAUCGAGCUGCUCGCCGCCUGUCGGGAGGAGUUCCACCGCCGCCUGAAGGUUUACCACGCCUGGAAGUCCAAGAACAAGAAGAGGAACACCGACACCGAGCAGAGGGCGCCCAAGUCCAUCACAGACUACGGUCAUGUUGCCGCUGUGAUAAAACCAUCCCUGCAGAACCCGGCCCCGCCCAUCCCCGCCCGUCAGUACGAGGCGGCGUUGAACCGGCAGCAGCGGUACUUCCGCAUCCCGUUCAUCCGACCCGGAGACCAGUACAAGGAACCGCAGAGUAAGAAGAAGGGCUGGUGGUACGCCCACUUCGACGGACCCUGGAUCGCACGACAGAUGGAGCUGCACCCCGACAAACACCCCAUCCUACUGGUGGCAGGAAAAGACGACAUGGAGAUGUGCGAGCUGAGUCUGGAGGAGACGGGGUUGUCACGGAAACGUGGCGCCGAGAUCCUCCCGCGUCAGUUCGAGGAGAUCUGGGAACGCUGCGGCGGCGUCCAGUACCUGCGCAACGCCAUCGAGACCCGGCAGGCCCGGCCCACCUACGCCACGGCGAUGCUGCAGAGCAUGUUCAAGUGAAGGGGCGUGGCCGGGGGGGCUGGGGCCUGGGGUGGGGGGUGGGGGGCUCUCGCCACAAAUAAAGGGACGAACGUACCAGCUACGAAGUGGAGACGGACGGCGCCGACCCGGACCCAGACUGAGGCCGUCUCCUCCCACCUGCGUCCUCCUGUCUCUGUUCUGUCCUUCGUGUUGUUCGUCUUCGGGGUGGGGGGGGCGUUUUCCAACCCUAUGCACAAACAUCCACCGUCAUCGGCUCGUUUUCCAGGGAAUCCUGCACCGUCUGUCCACGUCCAACUCCGAGGCCUUAAUACGAGUUUAACAGGGUUUAAA